AUGGCACCAGGCGCAUCUUUUCAAUCCACUGAUGGUGGCGCAUUUCCAAUGACCGGCGACGCAAACUUCCCUCGACAAGAUGGCGCAUCCGGUGCGGCCAGUUCAGCGCCUGCAGCAGUCUCACCAGCCAUUGUGGGAGCUGGAAUCGGCGUUGGCAUUCUCAUCCUGGCAAUCAUCAUUGGCGUUGUUGUUCGAAUCCACAUCGCGAGGAGGAAUCAUCAGAGAUCCAUGGCCGAGCUGGAGCGAGGGUUGGCAUCAUCACCUUCAAGGCAGAUGGAAAUGGCACGACCGAUUAGCGCAACAGGAUGUGGUAGUUUGAUGCCACAUGGACAAGCUGGAUGGGACGCGCUGUAUUCGAAUGACAGCGUUAAUGAACCCCAACAUGCCGCUCGACCCGACAAGCGACAGAGGACAUCGGUGUCAAUACCACAACGCAUUCGGCAGUCUAAGAGACUCAGGGCUUUCAAGCACCUCUCUGCCAUCAUGGAAAAUACCGAGAGUCCAAGGAUCGAGACCCAGACAUCUACACCACCAUCUCCACAAGCGGUCGCGAAAGCUGACCGACUGAUGGGGUCGCCGAAGUUGAUGAUCGGCCAAGCACAAACGGCAGACCAUGCCAUCGAGGCGAUGGAUAUUACGGACGCUUUCAAUCAACGAGGCAGCCCAAAGUAUGAUAUUUGGCCAUCGGUCGCCAUCAAUUCACCAGCGAGAUAUGGAGCCAAUGAUGAUGAAAGCAAGAACAACAGACCGGCGAAGACUCUUAGAUCGGUAUCAGCUGGCGUCCUUGAUACAGACGGUGCUGUUUUUGGAAACUCAGAUCGACUCAUUCGCAACCCAAAGCGAAGGGAGCGUCCGUCAAUGCAUGCCAGAUCUGCAUCGCUGGGCGCACCUACGAGUAGACCUCCUUCAGGUCCUGUGCCACCACUUCCAGCCAUUACCCCAGAAGCUUUCACCAACGAUGAGUUUGUGCGCCUGGGACUUUGCGUUACGCGGGAGUCGUCUGAAAGCAGCAUAAAUUCUGCUGGAAGCUCCGUCCUCGUCACCAGCCCCAUCCUGAAGAUGCACGGCACUGAUAUGCCUGCAGCCUCGCCGACGGUGGAGGAAGUUGUGGCAGGAGACGAUCGAGCGGCAUUGAAGUCGGUCUUAAACCGCCAAUGGCAGAACCCCAAUAUCACUGGACCACGACCGAACGCCAGCCUGUCCAACAUGAAGCACGACAGGACUCAUUCAUCGAUCAAGGGCAGCAUCCGAUAUGACAGCGAAAGCGCACUGAGCCACCGCUUGUCCAUUGGAAGCACUUCCUCAGGAGGCAGCCGAGCAGAGAACAGGCUGUCUGUGUUGUCUAUCCCACAGAUCGCAACAGCCGACCGCGUCAGCAUCAGCAGAGUCUCGUCAUCCAACUCGCUCCUCGAUGGUGGCUCCGCCGGCCGUAUUCAGAAGAUCGAAACGCCGCCACGCAGGAAAUCGCAUCGCCAAUCAUUGGUCUCGGCAUCUGGAUCGCCAGCCGCUCGAGACAAGAGAAGGAGUUCCGCCCUCCGUGACAUGUCCAGCAAUAUCACUGGCCCCGUCAAGCGACCUUCUCCUCGACGACAGAUGAGCGUCUCUACACGAGCAUCCAGCUGCAGCAGCAACGGCAACCCUUUCCAAUGGGAUACCAGCAGCUCAAACAUCCUGCCCAAGCCCAGCGCGCUAAAGGGUUCACCCACUGCUAGAAAGACCAAGGGUCGACUCAACUGCGUUCGCAUCAGCACCCUAACCCCUGAAGUCUUCGGCAAUCGCAGCAGAUCCUCCAGCCCUCCCGACGGCAUCGUCAUGGACGACAUCCUCGAAGAACGAGAAAGCGACGAGAUCAAGCGAGAGGUCGAAAAGGAACGCGCUGAAGUCGAGCGAGCGGUCGCCAGUGAGCGUCGACGAAGCCGUCCUCCAAUGCCUGCCCGAAAUGUCUCGAGCGAGUCGUGCUUGAGGAUUCAGACGCUGAGAGCCAGCCUGACGCCGAGCUCGCCGACGCUGUCGUCGUGGAAUAACUACCAUGAUCAGUCCGCUCAGCAUGCUGGCGGCCUGGCAUCGCAUCCCUCUGAUACCUAUAUGUCGGUUUCGAGGAACAGCUCCCGACAGUCGAAUCGCUCUUCUGGGAACUUUGUCAUCCCUAGGUUCCCGUCACCGAGCAAGGCGAGGGCAUCCAUUGCUGUGACUAUUCCGCAGCGGGAUUCAGCGCCCAUGCCUGAAUUCUCUCUUGACGUUGACAUUGAGAGCCCGACUCUUGGCUUCAACGAUAUCAACAGCUCCUCGCCAUUCGGAUUGGCCGUGUCUUCCAGGACUCAACAUUCGCCUGUUUCGCCCGAAGACUCUGCCAAUGGUGACAGUCCAGUGGAAUUCUCACCCGUCUCGCCUGUUGAUAUGCCUUCAUCCCCACCUCUCCCACUGUCGAAGGAGAAGGAGUAUGAUCCAGGCUGGUGUCCAGUCGUAUUCGAUUUCCCGGCGUCGCACGAGUACGAUCCUGCCAGCCCGCCGUUCAUCUGGAAUGGCUUCAGCUCGGAUUAUCCAAACCCGGACAGGAGCUCAGGCAUCUGGUUGCCGUUUGCCGUGAACAUCGACGAUGAGGUGUCUCCCAGGAGUCGACUGCGAAAUCAGGUAGCACACGGGUUGGGUAGGGAAAAGGACGACUCGCCGCCAUUGAGCCCCAAGACAAUCCCAACAGUCAUCCCCGACCUCUCGCCCAAAAAAUCAGCAGAGAAACUCACAAGCUCAAACGCCAGCUCAGUAAUGGCCAAGUCCAUCGAGCCAGCCUCAACCUCCAGCUUCCUAGGAGUCGAGGUUCCCGUCCUCGCACCCCCAUCCCGAGAAACAGAUACCACGCUCCCGCAAUGGCAACUCGAACAACGCCCGGCGACCGCACCGCAACCAACCCACCGCCGCCAACGUUCCGUCUCCAACCUGCGAACCCCCCGUCCCAGCACCGCCCGCGCGCCUCCCCUACCCACAAUCCCGCAAUCCUCUUCUCCAGCCUCCCCUGUAUCGGUCCCAGCGCCGCUCAGCAUCGCCUCGCGGAUCCGCACCAGCGCCGGAGAGCAAGCCCAAAAGGCCAUCCCCAUGGGUCCCCGCUCCGCACCCGCGAAAUCUGUCCUGAAGAACGCCAUGGCAUUGAGGAGGAUGAACAGCGAAGUCCAAACCCACCGCGAGUCGCGCGAGAGCAGGAACUUCACCCGUCUAGGCCGCGAGCCCAGCCCCCUCCUCCCCUGGAUCGGCACCGAAACAGAAGACAUCUUCGACUACGACACGCGCGCCGGCGCCGGCGCAGAGAGCUCCUCCCAAGCAUCCUUCUCAGACGUCGAAGUCGGGCAACAACAGCCCAAACACUCUCGCCACUCCGUCCUCGGCGUCCCCCAAGUCGACAUCGACAUUGCCCCCUGCCCCUCCUCAAACAGAAACACAGCGACCUCCGCCCUCGAUGACCUCUGCCUCGAUGACCUCGAAAAAGUCAUCGACGGCGCCCUCGCGGGCUUCGACGCCGAGCAUCGCGCUUCCAUCACCCCCAAACCUUCCGCGUACGCUUACGGACAGGGGUAUAACACCACCACCAACCACACAUCCACAUCCCCAACCAACGACAAGGCUUCCAAGCGCAAUUCAAACGUCUGGGACGACGGCGAGAAAUUCUGGUCCGGCGCCUACCGGCCGGAGUCCUUCGAGCUGCCGGAGUUUCAGCUGGGGAGCGUGUCGACGCCGCGGAAGUCGCCUUUGGCGAGUGCGUUGGAGUUGGAGCGGGAGGAUGGGACUGGGAUGGGGACGGUGGAUCCGAGGUUGCUGUCGACGCCGAGCGUGUCUGUGGCGGCGACGCCGAGGAGUUUGUAUGAUGCGGACGGGUUUUUGAAGUGA